GAGUGCCCAGCGGGCCGCUGUGAAGUGAUGGCGGCGUCGGCCUUUCUGUGUCGGGCUGGGGCUCGGCAGCCACUGCAGCCUGGCGUCCUGGAGCGGCUGUCCGUGGCGCGGGAGUGUGUUACACGGGUUUCAAGAUGGAGAUGGUGCCUUAUCACAUCUUGUGGCUUGCACUCCACUGUAUAUGAUCCUAAUGAAAAAACGUUUGAAAAACUACUUAUUGCCAACAGAGGAGAAAUUGCCUGCAGAGUAAUUAGAACCUGCAAGAAGAUGGGUAUUAAAACAGUCGCUAUACACAGUGAUGUUGAUUCCAACGCUGUCCAUGUGAAAAUGGCGGACGAAGCAGUCUGUGUUGGCCCAGCUCCCACUAGUAAAAGCUACCUCAACAUGGAUGCUAUCAUGGAAGCCAUUAAAAAAACCCGGGCCCAAGCUGUCCACCCAGGAUAUGGAUUUCUUUCAGAAAACAAAGAAUUUUCAAGGCGUCUGGAAUCUGAAGGUGUUGCUUUCGUUGGACCAGACAUGCAUGCUAUUCAGGCAAUGGGGGACAAGAUAGAAAGCAAACUCUUAGCUAAGAAUGCAAAGGUCAACACAAUACCUGGUUUUGAUGGCGUGGUCAAGGAUGCAGAUGAAGCUGUCAGAAUUGCAAGGGAAAUUGGCUAUCCUGUCAUGAUCAAGGCUUCAGCAGGUGGUGGUGGGAAAGGCAUGAGAAUCGCAUGGGAUGAUGAAGAGACCAGGGAAGGUUUUAGGUUUUCAUCUCAGGAAGCUGCUUCAAGUUUUGGCGAUGAUCGAUUGUUAAUAGAAAAGUUUAUUGAUAACCCUCGACACAUAGAAAUUCAGGUUUUGGCUGAUAAGCAUAACAAUGCGUUAUGGCUGAAUGAAAGAGAAUGCUCCAUUCAGAGGAGAAAUCAGAAAGUCAUUGAAGAAGCACCAAGCACUUUUUUGGAUCCCAAGACACGCAGAGCAAUGGGAGAACAAGCCGUAGCUCUCGCCAAAGCUGUAAAAUACUCAUCUGCUGGAACAGUGGAAUUUCUGGUGGACUCAAAAAGGAACUUCUAUUUCUUGGAAAUGAACACUAGACUUCAGGUUGAACAUCCUAUCACAGAAUGCAUUACCGGUUUGGACCUAGUCCAAGAAAUGAUCCGUGUUGCUAAGGGUUACCCUCUCAGGCACAAGCAGGCUGAUAUUCCCAUCAACGGCUGGGCCAUUGAAUGUCGAGUCUAUGCUGAGGAUCCCUACAAAUCUUUUGGACUGCCAUCUAUUGGUAGGUUGUCUCAGUACAAAGAGCCGCUGCAUGUGCCCCAUGUCCGUGUUGACAGCGGCAUACAACAAGGAAGUGAAAUCAGCAUUUACUAUGAUCCCAUGAUUUCAAAACUGAUCACCUAUGGAUCCAAUAGAGCUGAAGCUCUGAAACGAAUGGAAGAGGCCUUGGACAAUUAUGUAAUAAGAGGUGUGACCCAUAAUAUUGCCUUACUACGGGAAGUGAUAAUCCAUCCACGCUUUAUCCAGGGAGAUAUCACUACUAAGUUUCUGCCAGACGUGUAUCCUGAUGGCUUUAAAGGACACUUGUUGACAGAUUCUGAAAAAAGAGAGCUCUUAGUAACAGCAGCGUCUUUGUAUGUGGCCAAACAACUUAGAGCACAGAGAUUUCUAGGGACCCCAAGAGUGUCUGUAAUUAAACCGGAUGCAAGUAACUGGGAGCUGUCAGUCCAACUCGGAGACACAACUCACUCAGUUAUAGCUUCAUGUCAAGGGUCAACAUUCUUGGUGGAAGUUGAUGGGAUAAACCUUAGUGUGACUGGUGAGUGGAACUUGACUUCAGCACUCUUGCCAGUUACUGUGGAUGGGAUCCAGAGAACUGUACAGUGCCUAUCAUGGGAUGCCAGUGGAAACUUUAGCAUUCAGUUCCUUGGUACAGUGUACAAGUUGCGUAUCCUGACCAAGCUUGCUGCAGAGCUGAGCAAAUACAUGCCUGAGAAAGUGGUGGAGGACAGUAGUAGCAUCCUGAGGUCACCCAUGCCUGGAGCCGUGGUGGCAGUUUCCGUAAAACCCGGAGAUAUGGUUGUCGAGGGGCAGGAGAUCUGUGUGAUUGAAGCUAUGAAAAUGCAGAACAGUUUGGCUGCUGCUAAAACUGGCAAGGUGAAAGCUGUGCACUGCAAGGCUGGCGAAACUGUUGGGGAAGGAGAUGAUCUGGUGGAACUAGAAUAAAACCAUUUCUUUCAUGUCACAUCACAAUAGGACUUUGCGGCUGCAUUUAGAGAACACAACAAACUCUAUUUAAACAGAGGUUUGGCGGCAUCGGGCUGAUCACAGCUUGUUUGCUGUGCUCACACUUCCCUCGCUGUUCCUUCUUUGUCUUAUAGGCGGAGCACGAUUGAACACU